AGAGACAACGAUUCCCUUCCACCAACUCCCCCCAUCGCACUCCCCACGACGUCAAGAGGAGGAGCGCCGGAUCUCACAGCUUACAAUAAUGUCCGAUCAACCGCCUUGCUUCCUAUACAAGGAGACACGCGUGAAUCUUGACUGGGACGACUCCUAUGGAAAUAUUCUUAACAUCUUCCUGCCAAUCCACCAUUCUGGACCCACCAGACGAACCUCCUCGCACACAAACAUCGUCAAGAAGCCCGAACCCGACAAGCCAGAUACCCUGUUCCAGUACAGGCACCUUGCUACCGCGGCCUCAGUAUACUAUCGACCGAUCGAGCGAUACCCCCGAUGUAUCCUGUGGAGAGUCUUGGAGGAGGCGCAGGUACUCUCACUAACAUCGGUGGACUUUACCAAACCACACGAUACGCGGGGGGAGUUCUCUAGCACAUUUAGAUUUUACUUCCCGGAUACAAUCAGGCCGGGAUGUGUUGGGUUUGCGGAUGCUCCCAAUAAGGAUGAGCUGGUAGUCUAUGUCAUGACCACCGGGAACAUCAUUUACACAUUGAACCUAUCGGCGGAUUUCUUCCUCCGGGGUGCGGUUACCAGGAAGACUUCGAAGGAUAGCGAUUAUUGCAGAACCUUCUCGCCUUCCUCGUUUACCCUACAUUCACCGCACUAUCUCAUAGCCAUAGAUCAUGAGACUUUGCUUGUUUCGCUGCAGGAUGGUGUGCUACUUAAGCUUGAGAAGAGUGAGACAUUGCCCGAAGGUGUGUUGGUUUGGCCGCAGAGUUUGUUUGAUUUCGCGCUGACGGUGGCGUAGAUCCCGAAAUGUCAGUGUCACGAUACGCCGAAAAGACUUUCAGUGAAGGCACCUAUAUGGCUUUCUUCAAAAAUAGGAUGCCAUACUUUAGGCCCGGGACCGUCAAGCACGGCCGCGACAGUGUUUCGUUUUCAGCAGUUAUAUCUUCGGCGGUCUAUUUCCCACGGCGGCACGAAGACAGUAUGGUGGAAGGGCAUCAAGUCGACCCACUCUUGUUUACCGUAUCGGUGGACCAUACCCUGAAGACAUGGUCAUUAGAUAAAGGUGUUCUGUUACACGCGACAGACUUGCUGAAUGAAACUGCUCCUCCGUCGUCUAAAAUGAAGACUCUGCUUUCCCCAGCAUCAUCUCAGCUUUUAACUGUGGUCGAUACCUCGUUUCGGGACGACCACAUGUUUUACCUCGUCAGCUUUUCCUCUGCAACAACCGGAAAGUUCAAAUUUUGGGCUGCUCAGCAGGGUAUCGACGGGGAAUACCAGGGACUUGCGGACCUAUACCCAGAUGUGGAGUUUACGGCGGAUCCACCUACGUUGAAUUCUGUCUGGAUGAUAUCUGAGUUCCGUGUCACACCCGUAUCAGGCGACAACAACGGUCUACUCAACUUGUGGGUUCUUUGGAAGAGUAAUACAACCUUUCGGGUGCAAAAUCUACAAUUCCACAUUCUGAGCGUUGGGCAAUACUGGAACACCUGGGUAACAGCAACUCCCGAUUCUCUACACGGGCUUCCCGGAAUCCCGCCGAGCAAUGUCACCUCAGAGGAUAUCACGGAUUAUUGGAUGGACUGGAUAUUCUGCCCCGGAAGAUUCAGCGAUUCUAUCCUGCUUACAGCACUGGAUAUCCACCGGCUGUUCUAUUGGGCGACUACUGGCUCCCCAGGUGACGACCCAGCAGAUUCAUUACAGAGUAGAGUUGCUAAAGCCAUCCCCGGCGCUGUUGAAUUGCACAAGACGGAGGAUGGGUCGCCCGAUUAUGAAAGGUAUAAUCACGAGCUUAACACACAAUGGGUGAGAUAUGCCCGCUUGUGUACCGAGCUCGACAAGCAACGGUGCGAAGCUCUAUCCCUUGUCGCGGAUCCUCACACAGGCUUCGUAUGGACGGUAAACGCUGAUGGAAUCACCGCGUUACGAGAAUGCACCGAAUCCGAGAUGAUGCAACACAACCAUCUCACCUUUGCAUUGAACAAGGAUAUUCUCUCGCAGCGGUCGCCUCGGAAGCUUGGGGCUGCAUUGGCGAAUACAGAGUUAUCUGAUGCCAUGCUUUUGGUGCAGGCUGCCACAAAUUUGAGGAAUAGUCUGACCGGAAAAUCGUACGAAAAUUGUCUGUGGAGGUUACAAAGGGAAGUGUUGGAGGAUGGUGUGUAUGCGCUCGAGGACCGGAUGUUGUCCCUUUACCAGAAUUGCCUGGACGGGGAGAUUUCGGAUGACGAUUGGGAUAAAUUUGAGGAGACGACAGAGGCGAUGAAUGAUCCACAGACGGCGUUUUGCUCUAUAUUGUCGAGUCUGUUCCAGGCUGAGGGACAUGCUGGAGCGGCCAAGCUAACGGCAUUUGGAGGGAAAGUGCUCGUGGCCGGGAGUCGUGAGGUCAUUCAUGUCAACCACGAUAUUUUGUUUGGCCUGGUGUUUGUCCUGCUUAUGCUCGUCUUCGAGGGGGGGCAUCCGAGAAUCGAUAGCCCCGACCCGCUAUACCUGCAGCUCCUGAACUAUAUGCGAGAGUAUGAAGUUCUAAACUGGAUGGCGCGAACACCAUUGUCGAUCCCUGACUCUCGGCUUUCGGCGGACGAUGAGCUCGCAAAAGGAUUGGCAGGUCUGAAAGUCACUGGAUCAGACCAGGCAGUCAUUUUACAGAAAAGGAAAGGUUCAGUCCUUCAGUUGAUGCUUUCUGAGAAUUCCGGCCCUCCCCCGCACGGCCCUAGCAGAAGCGGCUCCGUGGCGAUAUCCGUGUGCAUACGGCAAUAUUUGGCCAGCUUGGAACUCACGAAUCACGGGAACGGGUUCGCAGAUGUUGGCGCUGCGCUCUUGAGUAUUAAUGCUGCCGGAAUUGCUAUGGAAUUCCAGAAGUACCUUCCCGCUACAAAUUGGGGAUUCUAUGUGAGGGCGAGGAUACAGUUGGCCGAUCGCAGCAGAGGUACUGCUGCAGUAACCUUCAAGAAAGCUGCUUAUGGGCUAGGUAUUAUUAUUAUUUUCGUUUUCUCCCUCUAUUGGGACAUCCCGCGCUAACACUUCUUUCAGCCGUGGCCAACCCAGCCCGCCAUUCCACCAUAAAAUCACUCCUGAGUGAAAUUGAUCUUGAGACUUCUAUCGGAAGGGGUCUACCGCAAUAUUAUCUACAUGUCGCAUGUUUAUUUGAGGAGGCAAAAGCGCUAGAAUACCUCGUCGAGUUCUGUCAAUUAGCCUCGACAGCGCUAGGAGACGAAGUAAGCACCCCUUCCCAUUCCCGCCCUUCUCCCCCCACCUCUUCACUAACCCUCCAUAGAACGGUUCCGCAAUAAGAACAGAAAUCCUCCUGAAACUUUUCCAAUCAACAUUAUCCCUCUCCCUCUUUGAUGAAGCCUACAUAGCACUAACCCGCUACUCCAACAAACCCCUCCAAAGAACCGCCCUGCGGGAACUCGUCGGUGCAAUGGUCGAACAAAAUGAGGGCGCAAGACUAUGCCAAUACCCCUUCGUUGGUCUCCAGGAUGACGUGGACGAAGCUCUGGCAUUCAAGUGCUCCACAAUAAUGGACGUGUCUGCAGGCCCGCAGUUCCACAAAGUCCUGUACGCGUGGAGGACGCAGCGGGGCGAUUACAGAGGAGGUAUGGCGUGCCCUUACCCUACCCCAAGUGAGUUGCGGGUACUGAUUUGUAAACGAAUAAUAAAGCGGCAUCAAUCCUCUACGAACGCCUCCAACGCCUGCAAACUGCAAAUAUCGGCUCCGCCGACCCUAGCUCAUGCAAUGUCUCCGACGGCUUCCUGGUCUUGCUCAACGCACUAUCGUGUGUUGGCGAGGAGCAAGCCUGGAUAUUAUCCACCAAACGCGCGGAAGGGGACGAUAUUACCGGCGCUGGGAAUACGAAGCGGGCGAAGCUCGCUAAUAGUAUGGCCUUCCUUCCCCCCCCCCCCCAUCAAGAGUGUAAGAGGUGAUACUAACGGGAUUCUAGCAACCACUUCCUCACCUCAACGCCGACAAGUAGUCACGCUAGAGGACAUCCGGAAGGAGUAUCAGAAUGAAGUAGAGAGGGUUGGUUUACUGCUUAACGGGGGGUUC